ACAACAACUGAGUUUCUCUUCCAUAACUUCAAAUUCGAAUUGUGCUCAUUAAGAAGGAGGACGAUAAAAAAUCAAAUUCAUAGGAAGUAUCGAUCGUUAUUUCUAAUUAAGCAACGUUGAUUUUUUCUGCCAUUCGUAAUACUGUUUAAACAAGAAAAAGGACGCGACAGGUUGGUUAUUAAAUUAUUCAUGGAAGAGACCGCACAACUAGUUGUCUUUCCAAUGAAGAGUGCAUUUGGUGUUCCUGAAACGCCAGAAUUCAGUGUUGGAUUGGAUGUACCAUUGAGCCAGUUGAAGAUCGAGCUUCUUAAAGAAGGUGUCUCCAUUAUUGUGUUAAGUGGUUUUGGAGGAUUAGGGAAAACCACCUUGGCUACAAAGCUCUGUUGGGAUGAACAAGUCAUGGGUAAAUUCAGGAAAAAUAUAUUUUUUGUCACCUUCUCAAAAACGCCCAAGUUGAAGAUUAUUGCAGAAAGACUAUUUGAACAUUUUGGAUUUCAAGUACCUAAGUUUCAAAGCAAUGAAGAUGCACUUAGUCAAUUGGGGCUUUUGCUAAGGAAAUUUGAAGGAAUUCCAAUGUUGUUGAUUUUGGAUGAUGUUUGGCCUGGCUCAGAAGCCCUUGUAGAGAAAUUUAAAUUCCAUUUAUCAGAUUACAAAAUUCUGGUGACUUCAAGGGUUGCAUUUCAUAGAUUUGGCAUCCAAUGUGUCUUAAAACCACUUGUUUAUGAAGAUGCGAUGACCCUUUUCCAUCACUAUGCUUUGCUGGAUUGCAACAGUUUAAAUACUCCUGACGAAGAUGUAGUCCAAAAGGUUGUGAAAAGUUGCAAGGGUUUACCGCUUGCCAUUAAAGUGAUUGGUAGGUCACUUAGUCAUCAGCCUUUUGAGUUGUGGCAAAAGAUGGUGGAGGAAUUGUCACAUGGUCAUUCUAUACUUGAUUCUAACAGUACUGAAUUGCUAACCUACCUCCAAAAGAUCUUAGAUGUUCUAGAAGAUAAUACAAUGAUCAAAGAGUGCUUCAUGGAUCUAAGCUUAUUUCCUGAAGAUCAAAGAAUUUCAAUUACUGCUCUCAUUGAUAUGUGGGCAGAAUUGUAUGGACUUGACAAUGACGGCAUAGAAGCAAUGGCCAUCAUCAACAAAUUAGAGUCCAUGAAUCUGGUAAAUGUCUUAAUAGCAAGGCAAAAUACAAGUGACACAGACAAUUGUUUCUACAAUAAUCAUUUCAUGGUGAUUCAUGAUCUUCUAAGAGAGCUAGCAAUUCAUCAAAGCAACCAGGAACCAAUUGAAGAAAGAAAAAGACUGAUUAUUGAGACAAAUGAAAAUAAAAGUGAAUGGGGGCUUUGCGAGAAGCAACAAGGCAUGAUGACCCGUAUAUUGUCAUUUUGUUUUAGAUAUUGUGCUAAACAGAAAUACCAGCAGAUCCCUGCUCACACAUUGUCCAUAUCAAUUGAUGAAACUUGCAAUUCAUAUUGGUCACACAUGCAACCAAAUCAAGCUAAGGUUCUGAUAUUUAAUCUUCGAACUAAUCAGUACUCUUUACCAGAGUCCAUGGAGAAAAUGAGCAAACUAAAAGUUUUGAUAGUCACAAAUUACAAUUUCCAUCUCACUGAGCUGACAAAUUUUGAGCUACUUGGCACUUUAUCCAACCUCAGAAGAAUUAGAUUGGAGAGGAUUUCUGUUCAUUCAUUUGUCACAUUGAAGACUCUUAAAAAAUUAUCCCUCUACAUGUGCAAUUUGAAUCAUGCUUUUCAAAAUGGUAUCUUCCUAAUUUCAGAUGCAUUUCCAAAUCUAGUAGAUUUGAGCAUUGACUAUUGCAAAGAUAUGGUGUUGUUGCCUAGUGGGGUGUGUGAUAUUACAACGCUAAAGAAGCUCAGUGUUACUAAUUGCCACAAGCUCUUCGCACUUCCCCAAGAAAUUGGAAAGUGGGUGAAUUUGGAACUCCUAAGGCUCAGUUCUUGUACCGAUUUGGAAGGGUUACCAGAUUCUAUCGGAAUGCUUUCAAAUCUAAGGCAUCUUGACAUCUCGAACUGUAUAAGCCUUCUUAAUUUACCAGAGGACUUUGGUAAUUUGUGUAAUCUAAGAAAUCUGUACAUGACAAGUUGUGCAAGGUGUGAAUUGCCUUCCUCAGCCGUUAAUCUUGUGAAUUUAAAGGUGGUGAUAUGUGAUGAAGAGACGGCUGCUUCAUGGGAAGGAUUCGAAUCUAUGCUUCCCAAUCUGCAGAUAGAGGUGCCUCAAGUGGAUGUUAACUUAAACUGGCUCUAUUCAGUUUGCUCCUAAGCUUCUUUCUUUAAAUUUCUAUUGGAACAGUCGUGUCACCUGUGUAGUCUUUUAAUUUCUGCUCAAUAAUCAUAUAUAUUCAUACCGUGAAUAAUAAUCUUCCUCUUGUUGUCCCUGAGACAUGUUUCUUCAAGUUGCUCAAGUAGUAUUUGUACGUUUCUUGUAAAUGCUGUGUUACUUGAAAGAGAUAGGAGAUUUCAUGUAAUCAUAGGUGUUGUGUGUUGUUUGUGAUCUCAUGGGUAGACAUACUUGGUUUAAUGAUGCCACAAAAUCAUCCAUCUUUUUUAUUUCUGGAAUUUAUUUUGUAAAAUAUGAAUGUUAUCAACUUUUUAUUUUAGC